UUGCGAACACACUCGACUUUCUACAUGCGCCUUCCUUUCCAGAAUUCGAAAGACGCAACCAUAUCUCUUCAGCACCACUUGGCGGCCAAAACUGCUUCUUCGACUCGAUCUUUCUCUCUCUUGAAUUUUUACUUUAGCACAAAUUUGCCCUACCUUCCCCAAGUUUUCCGAUAGCGAAGAUGUAUCAUUAACUUCGCUUCCCACAGCAGUCGCUUGAAUUUGAGUUAGUAUCGGAAUUCGGAAUAUUGGGCGAUGGAGUACCUCGAAGAUGUGCACUUCGGAGUAUAUCGUAUACACUUGCGGCUGCAGGAGGGAGAUGGAGUUCAUCCAGUGCCCUCGGCGACAAGGAACCAACGUCAAGUGUGCACGACUUCGCCAUCGAGAACGCAGAGUUUCGACUAACUACUGUUCGAGGGAUCUGGUACGGCCAGACGCCGAGGUGAAAUACAUGAACCGAAUGGGAGAGGUCGUAGAAGAACCCCAAGCGGAGGAGCCUGAAGCGGAGGAGCCGGUAGUUCAGGAGCCAGCAGCGCAAAACUAAAGCAGAGCCUGGCAACCGUGAAGUGGGAUGCCAUGGUGAACUACACAUUGGGAGGAGGGCUGGGUAUCCGUUUCUGCCUACUUCCUUUGGGCUUUUCAACAUGGAGCAGAAGA